CGAUUGCCGGCUAGUCUCAGUUUACAGAUUCAUUGGACUCCAGGUCUUAAGAUAUCUUUAACAAGAAAUCAACAUGUCGAUCUUCUGGGCGUUUCUCUCACUGCUUUUAGUGUCCUUUCGGCUUAGGGAUUGUCAGGCUAAUUGUAAUCACCGCUACAUCCGUAGUCCUCCCGGACAACUUUAUCACUUUAUUCCCGUACGCCUGUUUACGCCGGAGCUGGUCCAGGAUAAUGUCGAGCUGGUGCGCCAACCACGGCAGCAGCAAAUUGUGCAGGAGGUAGUUGUGGAGAACAAUUUUGGCGCUCCUGGCGGCGGCUUUGGUGGCCCUCCAUUUGGUAGACCCUUUGGUGGACGACGACUUGGACUUGGAGGACCUGGUCGUGGUUUUGGUGGCGGCUUUGGCGGUGGUUUUGGAGGCGGUUUUGGAGGUGGAUUUGGAGGUGGCUUUGGAGGCGGCGGCGGCUUUGCACGCAGCUACGAACCAGAGGAACAACAACAAGAGAAUUCAAACCCAAUGACACCAGCCAAAUACAAUGCGCCCAGUAUUCCAGUGCCACCCUGUGCCCAAAGCUACAUGAUCUCCUGUGAAGCGGUGCUGAAACCAGCGCCCUGUGCGACAUCAUCUACAAAUUGUGGCUAUUGAGAGACCCAAGGACUGAUAUUGAUAUUGAUAAAAAAUAAAGCCAAUACUUCAAAUUUACAUUAAG